AUGCCCAAAACGUCAAGCAUCUUUAUUUUAUCUACAACAGCUAGGAACUGUGCUGAGCUGUACAAAUCCGGACGAAGGAUCAGUGGUGUUUACACUAUCGACCCAGAUGGUUCAGGCGCCUUUAAUGUAUAUUGUGACCAAACUACAGCCAAUGGGGGAUGGACAGUGAUCCAGAAGAGAAUGGAUGGCUCCAUUGAUUUUAACCGCACCUGGAACGAAUACAAACAUGGCUUCGGUAACUUGGUCGGUGAGUUUUGGCUCGGACUGGACAAGAUAAACCGCCUGACUCGAAACAAGACAAAGAAUAAGCUUCGGGUAGAUCUGGGGGUAACUACUGGCAAAACUGUUCACCCUGAGUAUGACUGGUUUGGGAUUGGGAACGAGACAGCUAAGUAUCGGCUAUAUAUUGGCAAUAUUACAAAUGCCACCGUUUCCUCUGAUUCCCUCGGUCCCCACAGGAAUCUCGUUUUUGGUACCUGGGAUAGAGAACCUGUUGAUUGUGCUCAAAGAAGUGGCAGAGGCUGGUGGUAUGGCAACGGUAUUAAAUGUGCUGUUUUUUCAAAUCUCAAUGGUAUUUAUCCGCGUUGUGGAAGAAAAACUUCUGCAGAUAUUCACUGGGCAGAGUUAGAUCGAACCAGUGCCGAAGGCAGCGCUCCUUCAUCAACUGAAAUGAAAAUUAGACCAGUGGACUUUUAAAAACUUUCUUAGAGAUAAGUACACAGCACAUAAGUAGAUAGUGAUUUUUUAGCGUGCUCUGAUAAUAUCCACCUCUGAGCAGCUAAGGCGACGAAAUCGCGCG